AUGGAACAAGAGCCACACGUUAUCUUUAUGAACCCUCAGACCGAGAAUCUGCAAAAUCUCUAUGAGCUGGUGGAGAAGCUUGCCCGGCAGUUGAACAAAAACAAGGAGCAGCGACAACGGCUGUUGAGGGAAGUAGACGUGCUCGCGUCAAAAGCGCAACGCGGGCUCGGGACCAGCGACUUCCGCAAGGAUGCGCGGGUGGUGGAGGAGUUUUUGAAGCGGCGCGGGGCAGGGACGGGGGGCGGGGACGGUGUGGAGAGCCUGCGGGCGCAGAACUCGCGGCUGCGGGCGCUGCUGGCGGAGAAGCAGUGCAACAACGACGCGACGCUAGGACUACUGGCGCACCACGAGAACUCACUUGCGCUGGUGGUGCGGCUGCUGCGGGAGGACGUGUUCCAGCACCACGCGGCGCUGGUGGCGCGCUGCCGGCGCGCGUUCAACGAGCGCCUGUGUGCGGCGGAGGACAGCGAGUUUCGCGCGUAUCUGGAGAAUGCGACAAGCCUGCAGGCGCUCAUCGACAUCUCCCGUGUGUACCAGGCACUGCUGCGGUUGCCAUAA